GGUGAUAUCUAAUCAAUCAAUCAAUUAACCAGAACCUCAACGCUCUUCUGCCUCCAACUCGCUCCUUCAUACCCUCCACUUCCCUUCCAUACUCCCCCAGAAAUAAUGUCGUCGCAAAUCACAGACGAGUCCCUGCGCGAGGCUAUCAAGGAGCGCCUCGAAGCCGCACACGUUGAGGUCACAGAUAUGUCUGGCGGCUGUGGUCAAGCAUUCAACUCAGUCAUCGUGUCUUCCCAAUUCCAGGGCCUCAACUCUCUCAAGCGCCACCGUCUCGUCAAUGCUGCCCUCAAGGAAGAAAUCGCCAUCAUCCACGCUUGGACCGCCAAGUGCCAGACACCUGAAGAGUACGCCAAGACGAAGGAAGCAGCCGAUGCGCCAGCACAGGCAUAAGCUUUCACUCUCUCUCUCCUUCAAAAUUACUAGAAUCAUGCAACAUGGAGUUUUUUGCGUAAAGACGGGAAUACGGCAGACACAAGGGAUGGAAGAACAAGAAUGUGAUGAAGGGAUUUAGAUGACGAGAUAUCCGUAUCGGAGCGGUUUGGUACCGCGAUACAUCACGAAGCAACAAAUAUCAAGAAAUCAACAUUAUAAUUGCACCUUUAACCUUUAUUGGCAAGCGUUUGACGCGAUAACAAGAUGGUUUGGUCGAAGUCAUUUCAUCUUUUGCGCCAACGCCAUAUCUUCAGUGAAGACAUCUCGUUACUCAUACUCUUUUGUAAACCAACAGGCAUCUCUUAGCUUAAAGAUCAUCUACAUGUACGCUUCUACAACAGACCCAGCAAGUCGUCGCUGUCCUUCUUGGGCUGCUGAGGUGCACCCCCCUGUGCCUGCUGCAAUUGCAUCGCUGCUGGUAGAGGCUCGCUCGUUGUUGCACCGCCAAAGUUCAAGCCCUCAAAUCCAUUCAUCAAGUCAUUCAUGUUGUUGCUAGGUCCCGCAGCUGAUGUGGGAGCUCCUACGCCCGAAGGCUGCGCCGGCGCAUCGAACAUGCUCAUCAUGUCGGCCAUAGCCCCUGAAGGUCCACUCGCAGAUGGGCUGGCCACUCUGUCAGGGGUUGCGGAAGCACUGUUCUGCUCAUGAGAAGCAGGCGCGGCACCAUCAAAAUCA